GUAUUCGAAAUCUACGGGACAGAAAGAACAGGAAAAAGACAGCAAGUGCUUCAAAGAACGAACGAACCUUGCGACAAAAGUCAUCAAGAGCGAACAAAAAACGAUCUGCUGCUGUAAAUGCUGGUUUAAGACUUGGUAAGUGAGAAAUCGUUUUAAAUAUUUUAAAUUGAUGAAAGAACGAAUAACAUAGAAGUAGGCACGUAGUGUGCUAGUUAUAUUUCGAAAGGUAACAUAGUAUAAUAGACGAAUCCAUGAAGUGUACUUGAGUAGAACUAAUGACUUUGACACAGGAGAAAAUGCUAUGGUACGUUAAAUUUGAAGUGGAAAACAACCUCGUUUCCGUUCGGUAGCCACUAUUAUGACAAAGUCGUAUUCGACGAAGUAAAAUAAUUCAAAAUGAAAGCUAAAUCACUAAACUGACACUAUUAAGAAAGUGAUACAUGAACUUGUGGUUAGAACUCGACAGCUGACUCGAUAUGAUUAAUAAUUAUUUACCCAUUCACCGUACAUUGGCAUUUCCUUAGUAUUUAUACAUGAACUUGUGGUUAGAGCUCGACAACUGUCUCUGUUAGAGCGCUGCACCGGAAUCGCAGGGCCGCCAGAGAGCCAAUAGUUGCAUUUUUCGCCAUUGCUCCUGGUAGGUCGAAUAUAUGUAUAAAAAUCCCACUCGAAAUCCUUUCAACAAUAAGUUCAUAAUACUGAUUGGAAAACGGUUGUCACAGAGACCCUACUAGAGACCUUACGAUUUAGGACGGCAACGCGACGGCAACGGCUACCAAUACAAUAAAUAAUUGAAAAGAAUAGAAUAAUUACAAUAUAUGAAUAAUUUAGACAUUGUCCUGCGCUCUGUUAACAACGCCAAAUCACAGAUUUUCACGUCUUGAUACAACGGCUGCAUUUCAAGCCGCAACAAGUGUAACUUCAAACUGGGUUCAGCAGAACUCUUCCCAAACAAAAAACCCAUGUCUUCAACUUCUAAGACUGUAUUAAAUUCAUACGAUUGAUAAUAUACGACGAAUUAUCUUUACUACCAUUUAUUUGAAGGAGUUUGUUUUGCCGUCGUCGUCGCGUUGCCGUCCUAAAAUCGUAAGGUCUCUACUAUUAUCUUCGUUUGCAUGCACACUUACUGUGUUGCAGGCCAAAUCCACACAGUCGCGACCAUGUGAUUUGAAGGUAGCCGAUGUAUAAAGUUUUCCGACAUAUAUUCCGACAUAUAUACAUUUAUAUAUAUAUAUUCAGCGAAUGAUAUAAUUGUUUUAUAAUAUGGUCUGAUUGAUGGCCAUGAACUGCAGCAGCAAUAUACUCUUCUCCGUUGCAAUGUUUUGACACUUUGUUUAGGCAAGGUCCGCGUUUUUAAAUUGGUCUGAAAGUUUGAAAGGUUUUUCUUUUAAAAUUCGUGGUGAAGUAAAUGGUUAUUGCUCACAGAAAAGCGGAGAUAUUUUAUACAGAUGUUUGGUAUAGUGUAAUAAGCACUCGUUGACUGCAAAUUAAUUUGUUUUUCCUUACGACUUUUUCUGAACAAUUUAUAUUCUCAGUGAACAGGUGGUUUUUUCGCUGUUGUGUCGGUAUUAAUUCUUUAAAAAAACUUGUAUUUCAGUCUUCAGUUUCUAUGUAAUACAUUUUUGACUUUUUUCUUGUACUUUCAGCGAAUAUUUCCCCUUUUUUUUUCUACUUCGCAAAACUCUUGUAGAUUUUGUUCCGCCAUCUUGUUUUUCGCCCUCGCCGUAUAUGAGCUGAUAUACGGCGAGUAGCUCCAAUCAGAUUGUGGAAUAGCUCAUAUAUAGUGAAUGACUAUAUUAUAACAAGAAUUAUUUACACCUCAGUCAAUGUUGUCCGCCUCGGCUUCUUUUGGGCAGAUAACGUUGACCUCGGUCUGAAUAAUUGCCCAGUUUCCUCCAAUAAUUGUUUGCUAUUCGUUAUAUGUUGUAAAAGUAUUAUAUAUUGCUGAAGAUGAUGAUGCGAAAUUGAGUUUGAAAUAUACAGUUUAAUUCAAUUGUGUAUUGUGAUUAUGCACACCUUUUUCUGAAUAACUUUCAUUUUAUACUUGCUGAAACUAUCAGCCUGUGGUCAGAUUUGCGUGAUUUUCUUCCAGACCGUAAUGAAUAGGUGUAUCCUGUAAAAACUCGAGACAUGGAUGGUGUUUCUUUUAGGGGCCGAUUACAUGGAGAACUUUCAACCCCGGGGUUGAACUCGGCCCUGGUAACCGGGUUGAAUUUUUUUGCGAUUACAUGGACGAUUUCAACCCCGGGGUUGAACCGCUGUACUAUACGUUCUCGGCAUCGAUUCCCGGAAGUAAAAAAAGCCUUUAUUUUGUUUUCUUGUAAUAAAUAGUCGCGUUUGAUUUUGAUAGAGUUUUGUAUUACAGACAGGACUGAAAUUUCAACCCGGUAAACAGGGCUGAGUUCAACCCCGGGGUUGAAAAUGUUCCAUGUAAUCGGGCCCCUUAACUAAUAUUGAUUUUCUGAACCCAUAUUUCUCAAACAAAUUUCGCCUGACCCCCAACCAAGUUCGCUCGCAAUAUAUACGCGGGGCUAACUGCAAAUUAGUUGCGGCCACCUGCAAAAAAGUAAAUAUACAGGCAUGGCCUUGAAUAGUUUUUGAAUAAUACUCUCUGUUAAUGGUAUAUUUUCUGCAUUCAUUGUUUCAGUAAAUCAGUUGCAGAAGCGUGCCCGCAGCUUGUCACUACCUUCCGGCAGCAGUAGGCCGUCGAGUCCUGUGUCGAACACUCCCAGUCCCACUUCGUUUGGUUAUCCGUUUCCUGGGAACGCUUUCAGUGCAAAGAAAAAGAAACCGACCAGUAAUGCAUUCGAUAUCAACAAUAUUGUCAUCCCGUACUCCAUGGCAUCGACAACCAGAGUGGAGAAACUUCAAUAUAAGGAAAUCCUGACGCCGGAAUGGCGGGAAAUGACUGUUACGCCGAAAGAACAUAGCUCG